AUGCCCACAAGAGAGGAUGCCUCUUGUGAAGAAGACUCGGAGAUGAAUUUCACUGCAUUUUCGGCAGUGGGUGGUGCAGGAACUCAUUUCGUGACAACUGGGGGCCAACUGCCAGUGUCCAAAUUACAGCAAAAUGUCUCAAAUAAUGGCACUUCCCUCUCGCAGGUGGUGGGCAUGGUUGGUGGCGUCAGCCUGCCAGAGGGUGGUCAUCUGCAGUACGUGCGCGCUUUGGACGGCGGUGCUACUCUGCAAAGUACACCACAGUUCAUUUCCGUCCCCAUCGCGUUGCCCGGAGCCAAGCCUGGUGAUCCCCAACCAACGGUUCAGAUUCAGGUGCUAGGACCGAAUUUGAACCUUCAGCCGCAACAACAACCUAAAUAUCAAAUGCAAAUACCCAUCCAAGGCUUCCAACAAGGCGGCGCUGUACUUACAGUCGCUUAUUCUCCAGAAGGCAAUGAGAAUGGAGGCAUCCAGUUGUUGGGAAAUUCACUGCCUGAAGGUACAAUCAGGAUGCGAUCAGGUCUCCAGGUGCUCGCGGCUUUACCGCAAGAGAUGCAGCUGGUGCAGCCAGCGCAGACACAAGAGAAAGAACAAAUGCAGCCAAAUGUGCAACAUCAGGUGUAUGUGACGCAGAACCAGAUCGUGAUACGCAGCCCGGAGGAGGGCAAGGUCAUAAGCAACAACAACAACAACAUCAACAACAACAACAGCGGCGACAACAACCACGUGGUGGACAUCGUCAUCAAGGAAGAAUGCGUCGACACCGGGAAUGAUGAGGAAGGAGGCUCGCAAGGCAUGGAGGCCAGCAAUGGCGUGUCUUGGCAACUCGCCAACAACUCGCAAGACCUCGUCAAAUAUCUCAACACAUUACCGCCACAGCAAACGGAGGCCCUGCCGGUCUCGCUGCAGCAGUUCCUGAGACUCAACCCAGCUAGGAUUAAGAAGGACAUUGAGGUGGAAGUAGAACCAGCACCAGACGCAAAGGACCACACCGUCGCUGAGGCUGUGCUGGACGAUGACGGCGUGUUGAGAAUAAAAAAGAAGAAGAAGUACAAGAAGAAGUCGCCGAAGCCGGCCCGCCCUAAGCCCGGGCAGGUGGUGAUAACGACCACGUCGGAUGGCACGCCAAUCUAUUGCUGCCCCGAGUGCCAGAACGCCUACCCGGCUAAGGAGCAGCUCGAGAUGCACCUCCUAGUGCACAAGAUCGAGAGGCGGUUCAUCUGCGGCAUUUGCGGGGCCGGGCUGAAGCGGAAGGAGCACCUCGAACGUCACAAGCUGGGCCACAACCCCGAGCGGCCGUACGUGUGCGGCGUCUGCAGGAAGGGCUUCAAGAGGCGCGAGCAUCUCAACCUACACACGGUCAUCCAUUCAGGCGUUAAGACGGAACUCUGCAACGAGUGCGGCAAAGGUUUCUAUCGAAAGGACCACCUGCGCAAGCAUACCCGCUCGCACGAGAGCAAGCGCGCCCGCUUCGAGGCCAAUGGCGAGCAGCCCGAUGUCAAGCCGGUGAUAAGCUCGACGCCCAGCACAACCAACACCAUUAUGCCUGAGAUCACAAUACACGUGCCAACGAGCGCGAACAUGCAGAUGCCCAUCCAGAUCAACAUCCCGCAUGUGAUGACGUCCAUGGCCGGCACGCAGCAAGCGCAGAAUGCGCAAGACGCUCACAGCCAGCUGGACGCUCUCCUCGCAGAGCACUCG